AUGCUUGAAGCUGUCAGAGGUAUGAGGCACAAAGGAGGAAGACCUCUCAAUACUGGAGCAGCUCUCCAGUACUUGAAGGAUAAUGUCUUCACUGCCUCUGCCGGAAGCAGACACCUGGAAGGAGCUCAACAGGUGCUAAUAUUGCUAAGUGGUGGAAGAUCCUUUGACAGUCUGGACGAACCAGCCACUGCUCUCAAACAGAUGGGUGUUUUGAUCUUUGCAAUUGGAAGUAGAGGCUCUGACAUUAGAGAACUGCAGAAAGUGUCCAGCGAACCCAGUUACGCUGUAUCUGUGCCUGAGCUAACUGACCUUCAGAGUGUUCAACAGCAGCUUCUGACCUUCGUAGACGCUGUGGUUACUGACGCCACAGCAGAAUCUUCCCAUGUACCUGGUAUGUUGUGA